UUAUAAAUAUCAAAAACUUCCCACCCCUAUAAUUCUCUCACGUCAUUCCAUUUGUACAAACACUUCAACAUUAACAUAUGUAUCUUCAUCUUCUUACACACAUAGAAUUUUUUGAUAUUGUUCCUACUUUUUUGUUUGUCCCUCCUGAUGACUGAUUCUGCAGCUAUUAGGUUUCUUCGACGAUUAUAGUUUUUUUUUUUUUGCUUCGUUGGUUUGUUCAAAAAAAUUAGCUAGUGCGUAAAUUGGCUAGACCAUUGUUGGAGAAAAUCCGCGCACACCAAAAGACAAAUAUAUAUGGGAAAUUGUUGCACAUCAUCUUCGAUGGAGUGGGCCGGAGAAGAUUGGGGAUCACUGACAUCAAACCAUAAGAGUAGGAUGAAUUCAAGCAAAGUUUUUGAUGAAGUUCAUGGUUUGAGUUUGGGGAACAUAGAGAAAGAGAAGCUUUUAGGUGCACUAAGAGCUUCUUCUGAUGCUAAUGGUAAGGUGAAAAUAAAGAUAUCAAAGAAAGAACUUGCGGUAUUGUUGGGAGAAUCAGAGAAACAGGGUGUUGGAAGCACAAAACAUGCUUCUGCUGAACAUGUUUUGGUUGGUUUGCUAAAUGCUAGAGAUCAUGUCAACCAUGAUGUCCAUCAUAGGCUAUGGAAGCCUGUUUUACAAAGUAUUCCUGAGCUUAAUUAAUUAGGUUCAAAAUUGGUGGUGGUGGGGUGUGUAUAGUAGAAGUUGGUUGAGAAAAGUUUAGGAAGUUUGUACUUGUACAAAAUCAGAACUAAGCUAUACUCAACAAUUAUUUUAUUUAUUUUUUUCCCAUGUUUUCAGCUUGUAUUGUUUUUUUUUUGUAAGAUAUAUAUAGAGGUUGAGAAUGUGUUAUUUCUAUAUUUUUAUGAUUGUAUAUAGGUUAAAAUUUAGGUUAAGUUACCAACAAUAUUUUGUCAAAGUGGUAAGGGGUGUAAAUCUUUUAAGCA